UUGGUUUUUAGUUCCUCCGCCGAACAUGGCGGAGUUUGGUCGCAAGUUGGGGAAAAGUGCUUUGACUUUUAAAUAUGCGCCUGGUCGAUCAUGUCAGUUUCCGAGAGUUGGAGGAAAUCGGGGAAGUAGGGCGGUUAGUGCGGCACCAACACUCGGAUCGCACAAAUACGCGCCGGCAUGUGGAGGGCGUAAAUGUCAAGCUGCCCGGACCGCCGGGGCCACUCAAGGAAGUGCGGCGCAAUCCAGCCUCUAUGCACCGCAAGACUGUUUGCAGUUAUACACCGCAAAAGCCGGCUGUUUAUUUUCGAUUGGGAGGGGUCCAUUUGCUAAUAUAGCGGGGUUUUCAACCUCGUUGUUGAGUGGCAUUAGUGUGGUACUUUCAUUCGAUGGUCCGGUGGAUCAGCUCAGCACUUUAGCAGAAGGGAUUUGUGGUGGACUGCAAGGGAAAAUAAUGCGGUUCGAUCAAAAAAUACCACCAUUUGAAAUGUGCAAAAGGAAUGGAUCGGGAAGAAACGCGCCACCUGCCGGAGAAGCAGACCCAGUACACACCUAUUAUCUGGGCUGCCCGUACCUGCCGAGUAAAAUUCCGUCACUGAAUCAGACUUGGGAUCUUGUUUGGAAAAGGAGAGACUGUCUGACCAGUCUGCUUGGAAGAAGCCAGCAGCAGACGAGAUCCAUAUGCACAUUGCGGAAUCUGAGUGCGAAGGAACUGAAAACGAAUGUUUCCCUGCGGCCUUGGGUCAGGGAACAGCGGCAGCGAGGCGGCUGCGGAGCGCUUCACUGAAAUCAGCGAGGCGUACAGCAUCUUGGGGAGCAUCGCUUUGCGGAGGAAAUACGACCGCGGUAUUCUGACCCGGGCCGACUUGCAGGGUUCAGGGACUCCCUCAGCGGAGGAAGCGCGGGCUCCAAAAGCCACGGCCACGCCCCACGGAAAGGCUCGGUACUCUUCAGUCACGGGUGCUGGCAGGAAGCCUGUCUUCGACUUCGACGCCUUUUACCAGUCUCACUACGGCGACCAGCUCCGGAGAGAGAGGGAGAACCGCUGGAGGAGGGAACAACUGCAAAGGCGACAGAAGGAGGGCUUCAGGAAGUGGAGGCUGGGCAAGCUAAUGGAGCUGUCUGUAGCUGUGCUGCUAGCCCUGGGGAUGGGCAUCAUCAUCAGCAUACACACCGGACACUAAUCCUCUCCCUGUUGUCUUUGAGACCCUGAAUGCAGGCAGUAAAUUAAAGGUUCAGCUGUCAGAUUUCACACAUCUUUUUGGUUUAAUUUAUGGGUUGGGUGUAAACAGGCAUGUAUAGAGUAUAUAUUAAGAUAAAAUAUUUCCCCUAACAUCCUCAUGUUUACUUGAUUGUGCCAGAUAUGAUUCAUUAUUAUUUAUUCAUAUUUAUUCAUAUUCCGAUUUCUCAAUCAGAGCAGGUCACAAGGUGUUGGACAUCUUGGCUGGGUUGUUUUUACAGCAGGACACACACACAGACUCAGUCAUACACAGUUGGCAACUUGGAGACACCUGUUAGCCUAAAGGUACAUCUUCAAAUCAGAUUUUUAUUAACAACAUUCAACAUCCACAAUGCGGUGUUUUGCACAAUGUAAUUUCUGUGUUUCUGGUUGGUAUGGUGUAGGUGGCCAGGUAGAGAUGAAAUAUGUAAAGAACAUGUUAACUACACAGCAGUAGGCUGCCACCCCUACCAGCAUUCACUGUACUGACAGUGCUUUGGCUGAUCCAUUGCAGCUGACAUGUUAAGUCAGGGUACUGCAGCACUGGGAGGAAGCCUGUAAGCACAAGAAUCACAUGCCUUCAUUUUACAGAGAAAGGAAGCAAAUCAGGGGCACAGUUAGGCCUGUUUUAGGGCUGAAAUGUUCUGUAGUCCCCCAAAUAAAUGCGUAUUUAUCGGCUUAAGUCAUGAAAAGUUUGCCAUCAGCCCUCUCAGUAAAGACUCAGGCCCCUCUAUCCACUCAUCCCUAACUACGCCCCUGCUGUAAAUGGAUUAAUAUUUCAAAGAAAUAAAGUAUUGCCAUUGA